AGCCAUGCCCAAUGUGUUUACUACACAAUGUGUUGAUGCCCAUUCCAUUCCGUGGUAGAGACUUAAUUGCUAUCGUUGCUUAUGGGGCAUGAUAUUAAACAAUAACACCACUGAUUUUACGAGGCUACAAUGUCUGAUGUAGAUUAAAUCAUUGUUCUGAAUAAUAAUAUUGUUGUAGUGAUGUAUUUGUCAAACGUGCAGCCACGGCCUCUCAAAAAUGUUUGAGCGAAUGCAGUAUAAUUUGGACGAAAACGUUGGUUACGGACAGCGAACUGUUGCACCUAAAAUGAGACAUGGAAGCUUGGUACUUUACUCUGUAACAAAUCUACUGAAGAAAACAAAAUCAGCAGCAAUAGUCAAUUGCAUAGAACUGUGUGAUUGUUGAAAACCUCUAUUAUGGCUUUACUUAUGCAGACUAUCUACCUAUCCUUCUAUUUUCAUGAAUAAUUCAUCUGCAGGUACCGGUGAGACCCAAAGCCCAACAUGAAAAUCACAGGAGUUGUGGUUGGUGUUCUGGUGUCCACUGCAGUUGUUUUGUUAGUGACAUAUGGACUCGGUGUCAGUUUCGUCUUACACCCAACUCCUAGUGAAAAUUUUAAUGAAGGACUGCUGAUACAACAAGAUGUGAUUAGGAAGGAGACAACUGAAAAUAUUAAUGACUUGAAGAAAGCGAACAAAGAUUUGGAGGGAAAAGUAGAAACCUUACAAGUGCAAAAUUCAGAAUCAAAACAUAAGGAGUGGAAUGCAAUAUCAUCAGGUUGUGGUGACUGGUUGAAGUCUUGUGAAAACAAUUGUGUCCAAACUAGUACUACCCCUAUACCCAAACAUGUCCAUUUUGUGUCUCUGAAUCAUCCGUUCUCAUUCAUGGAAUGGCUGGCAGUAGUGAGUGCAAGGAACAAGAUAAAGCCAGACAAGAUCACUGUCUAUACUGACGGACUACAAGACAGCUGCUGGUGGAGACGUGCUCUCCCAUACAUUGACCACCAAAUCAUUCACACAUUGCCUGGGGCUAACGUUUUGAAUCGUGUUGGCAUCCGUCUAGUAGAACAUAAAUCUGACUUUCUUCGUCUCUCCAUCCUCUAUCACAGUGGGGGUAUAUACAUCGAUAGUGACAUUUUGAGUUUAAAUUCAUUUGACCCUCUCCUCAAGCACCAAAUGGUACUGUCUGAGCAGUGUGGUAGUGAGGUUAAUGUUGCACUGAUGAUGUCACAGAAACACAGUUGUGUGUUGUGUCGGUUUGCACAUUUGAGCUGCAAGAAUUUCAAUGGUGGAUGGGUUACUCAUUCAGUAGGUGCACUCUCUUCCUUUGUCAAGUCACUAGACAAAGAGAGAGAUGAUGUGGCAAUUCUUCCAUGGAAAAGUGGCUUUCACCCAAUGUGUUACAAUGCCAAAGGACUUGAUGAACUCUACACAAAGGACUUUGAUUCUAUAUCUGGCUACAAUAAAACAAGAAUCUACUCUGUUCACCUGUACCACAGCAGGUUUGAGUCCCAACAGCUGAUACGCACUAAAGUACAUAUUUUUGACUGGAUACAGACAAGUAAAUCUUUAGUGGCUCUUACUAUCAGAGAAUCUCUGCCACCUGGUUUCUCCCAACAACAUUUACAUGAAUCACAGUGUACUGAUAUACAGCUUCCUGACUGAUUUCCUAUUUGUAUCAUUUUGCUUCAUAAUGUGACAUUGUAAACUC